AGGCCGGCUGCGACUCAGCAAGCACAACUCUCCUCCUCCCACCGCGAUGAGUCAGUGAAAGUGCCACAUGACCUGGACAGCAGGAAGUAACGUACAGCGCCACAAAAUCAGUUUAUAGCAAGAACCAGAAGUUGUAUCUUGCUUAAGUUGUGCAGCAUUAUAGCCCAUUUGUUUUUAUUUCAACUUCGUUCAUAUCAUCUAAAAAUGUAUUGGAAACUACUCUUUGCGGCAUUAACUCUUACCGUGCUGGGAAGUACAACAGCCGAGGAACCAGGUGCCUGUUCUAAUCAGACCAGCUGUGCAGACUGCUCAAAAUUCCUCUUAGAGAAUCAAACUGCCUGUCAGUGGGUGGUGUGCACAGCAGGAAACAGCUCCUCAUUUACAAGCCACUGUUUGAAUAAAACUGAAGCCCUCGGCACAAAUUGCACAACUGUCAACGCAACUUCUUGUACAGUCAAUUCAACCACUGUUGGUCCACCGACUACAACCAACUCCACUACUGUAGUAACGUCAGUUCCUUUUAACACGACCACCACUGCUGUGACUCCAACCACCCCACACAAUGCCACCCUUCCAACUACAGCCCAAACCAACUCAACAGUGCUCCCCACCACAGCCCCCCCUAAGAAGUCCAGCUUUGAUGCAGCCAGCUUUAUUGGAGGCAUCGUGCUGGUGCUGGGCCUGCAGGCUGUCAUCUUCUUCCUCUACAAGUUCUGCAAAUCCAAGGAUAGCAACUACGACAACCUCUAAGAGCCCAGCUCAUCCAGCGGUGUGGCAGUCGCUGUGUGCACUGCUGCCUAAUGUCAACCACACCCCCUCCUUCCAAACAGUGUUUGCUGCAGAAAGCAAACAGCCUCUUUAGUAUGUGGUGAAUGCGUUGUUCUUGCGGUUGGUCACACAGUGUAAUCUCCGGUGUGCCACAGGUAACUAGCUCAUGCUAUGUGUGAUGUUUCUACGUGGCCGUUCAGAGAGUUCAAUUUUAGGUUUUUCUGUGCUAAGGUUUAUUUUGUGGUUGGCUGCCUACUCCUAUUACUUAAGGUUUUACAUAUUUUUUAAGAACACUCUUUAUUUUUUGUGUUUUAUUAUUAGAUGAAAACUUUUUUUUUAAUUAAAGGAACAUUCUAAUUGUUAACUUUCAAGGAGAUGCAAAGUUACAUUUGUUUAGGCAUUUAAAAUUGUCGGUAAACGAAACAUCUCUGGUUUUAAUUUAAGAUGAUCUCAAAAUGAGCAAUACUAUAUUUUCCCUACCACCUUAAAACAAAUAAUCAUUAAACCACAAUACUGCAUUUGAUUUUGCUUUUCAUGUAUGUUAACCAAAAAUGGUUAUUUGGUUUAAUAAACUGGGUGAUUUAACUUAUCUUGCUGAUUCAGGGGGGAAAGUGCAUGCCUUUUAAAAAAAAAAAAAAAAAUAAAAACAGCUGUACUGUUGGCGAUCAUCCCAGAUUUAAUGUUAACUAAACAACAUGGAAAACCAAAAAUAGAGAGAAUUGCCAGUCAGGCUAGUGAAGCCCUGUGUGUUGACGUUGACAAUCUAGCGAUGUGGUUAGUUACUAUUACAGUAUGUACUGCCAGCUGAUCUGAUUUCUUUAUUUUUCUUUAAAUAUCUAGAUUGUAUUUCUGCCCUUGGUCUCCGCACAACAAAAGGGAAUACAUUUCCCCAGUUUAGCCACACUUGGCCAGAUUAAUCAAGGUCUUUCAUCUAGUGCAAUCCUGCACCAAAAUACAAAAUAACUUGUUAAUGUUACAAAACCAGUAACCAGCAACUCAUGAGGUUCAUUUAAUAACUGAAAAUGUUAAUAUUGUGACCUAAUUAAGUUUUAUAUUCCCUUUACCAAAUAAAGUUAUACAGACACCAAUUUGGCAUAAAGAUCUUCAUAAACCUGAUAAUUCUUUUUUUUGUUCAGUUUUUUGUUUUAAAGACAAUCACAGUUUAUGUAAGAGUUCAGUAAUAUUUAAUACCCUCAUGUGCAGUUCUUCGUAAAUGUACGGAACACUUUAGUUUCCCCUGUUUUUCUUUGAAACCUGAAAUAAUGCAAACUAAAUGAAGAUAAGUUUCAUUGUGGUGGAGAAACAAAAAACUGCUGCAUGUUUGGCAUUUGAAAAGUGAAUGUUGAACAGAAUGUGUUCAUUUGCACUGUUUUGCAAACAAUGGCUCAGGUUCUGUGCACGUAUAUAUGAAAAUUUAGCAAAAAUGAUUUUAUAAAAAAGAAAAGUUAGAUUAAUGAUACUACAUGCUGGUCAAGCAUUAGAUUGCACUGGGUGGGUUGUGCAUUAUUCUUUUUUGUUAUCACUUUGUAUUGUAGUCAAAAAAUUGCCACCAAAAUUCCUGAGUGCUUUACAAGUAAUGCCAUGCUGAUUUAGUUGCCAAAGUAUGAUGAUGAUUUGUACAAAAUCUAAUAAAUAUGACUAUAAAUAAAUGUAUGACCCUCUUUCUGCCAAUACUGAUAUAAGUGUGUAGCAUUUCAUAACACUGAUUACAAACGUUGUUUGCAAAUCAUUGUACUUGUGUUGGUCUCCACUGUCUAUUACAGUUAGAUACUUUUAGAAAUGAAAACUAAAUGACUGCAAUAAAGAUCAUGCCCAAAGAAGUAUUUAUGGUCUUUUCAUGUGUGGCACAUAUGAAGUAGGGAGAUAUUUUAGCCUACAUUUAGCUUACUUUUGCAUGCCUUGAACCUAUAAUAUGAAUGUUUUUGUUUUAUGGUCCAGGCGCUGGAUUUGUACAAAUGGUGGUAUUUGAUGUGAGUGCCUAGCACAUCCAUGUUACAGAAUGCCACCACUGAGCUGGCAAAUUACAAACUCCCAGUCAUAAUGCCUUGUUUCAAUAAGCCACUGCCUGUACAUAACUGAUCUGGUUACAGCAUUGCUACAGAUGUUUAACAUAGAUGGAGGUCUUGCUCUUAACUUUGACGACAUGACAACAAUAAACUACUUUAAAGGUG